AUGAAUUAUGCUAUCAAAUAUUAAUAGCAAUUAUAAACUUAAAGUGUUAACCAAACUAAUAUUUAAAAAAAGAAAUACUCUGAUAGCUCAAAAAACAUUAAUACAGUUUAAACUUCAACUAACAGUAAAGGUAGAGGUACUGCUUAAUGCAAUGAAAAAAGCUUAAUGUAUAAUGAAAAAGACAUAUUUAAGCAAUAAAAAAGCUGUUCGAAGUAAAUGGUUUUCAGUUUGAAGCAGAAAAUGGGAUGGAAAGAUUGGAAUCUUACUAUCAUAAUUAAGAAUACAUUGGAAGACCUAUGA